AUGGAGAAGUCGCCUCGCAAUGGGUCAGACAAAGCUCAGAAAGGAGCACAAAAUGGACAGCCGUCAGAGGAGUCGCAGGAGGUGCCACCAGAAGAGUCCAGGGAGAUGUCGCCAUCUUCGCCAAGUGCAGCCAUAGCUCCGACCACGCCGAAGCGCGAGAAGGGUGGGCCCGUCGGUCAGUCUGUAAUGCACUUGUCAACUCUUCGCCGUGCUCCGAAGUACUCCUUCCGUGGGGCGCGGGACAGGUUCAAGACCCGCAGCCUUCGCGCCUCAGCGCAAGUGCCCGGGCCCGGCAAAUACGGAGGCGCUGACACGCCGCCCGAGGCAUAUUCCUCUCGCCAUCGACGAAGUCCUGGAUAUGGCUUUGGAACUGGUCCGAGAGAGGCAAACAGCCAGCUGGUUGUACCUGGGCCAGGGGCAUAUCCACGAGCCUCAGGCAGCUACAUUGGCUCCGGCAAAGCCUAUUCCCUCACUCCGCGACGGUGGCCUGGAUCACCCGAUCUUGAGAAUGACCCAGCUAUGCCCGGCCCUGGUGCACACGUCCAUGAGGCGCAGCCUGACGGGCCGCGGUACAGCAUUCUGCCUCGCAGGGCCGCGAAGGCCGGAGGUGUUCUGGUUCCUGGGCCGGCCCAGUACGGCAGCAUGGAAGGAGCCCUUGGCCGGACCAAACCUCGGCUGCCGAGCUGGGGCUUCGGAACGGCGAAGCGUCAGGACCAAGGGCAACAGAUGGAGGACCGACCCGUCAAUGGCAUCAAAGGGAAGAGUACAUCUGCAGCUUGGAUGUCGAAACUGCCCGGACCUGGUUCGUACAAUGCUCCCAGCUCCCUUGGUGAGGGGCCAAAGUGUGCCUCCAAGAGACGUGCCAGCGUGUCUCAGGGCUUCAGUGGGCCUCCCCGAAUUAGUCAGCCCAUUUUCAUGCCUGCACUUCUUGCUCCUCGUUUCUGCCAAGAAUUGAAACCGCUGAAGUUGCGGAUCCUUUUUGGGUCUCAAAACUCGCCUGCCGUGAAGGAAUCCGAAGGUGUGCUAUUUGCAUGCCAAGCAUAUUAA